AUGCUGAAAAUAGUUUUAACUUACAGCUUCAUACCUCGUUUUGUAAUGAAAUGUGGCUGGAGUGGAGUAAUAUGGAAGAAAAUGCCUUCACAGCCGCGACCGGAGAUGGAGAGUAAAAUGCCGCCUACGCUCGUGACCGGAGAUGGAGAAAGUGGCUGGAGUUAUGGCCGGAAAUGGUUAUUCACUGAUUUGGGGGAAACAGGGAACAAAAAUGGGGAGAGAAAAUGGGUAUCAAAUUUGGGAAAAUGGCUAUUUGAUUUCUUCUCAAGAUACAUGCAAAAAGACGUGUUUCAGCAAGCUACUAUGAUCAAUAUUUUCUUGUUGGUUUCACUUGCAGCCCUUUUCUACUCCAACUCUGGGGCUGCCGCUGCCUCCGCCGCCACCUCAAAGCCGGGAUGCCAAUCGAAGUGUGGAGACUUAAUUGUCCCAUACCCUUUUGGAAUUGGACUAGGAACAAACUGUUCAGUGGGCUCAUGGUUUGAUAUAAACUGCAGCACCACUUUCAACCCUCCAAAGGCUUUCAUUGGACCCACAAACCUCGAAAUUAUCAACAUAUCUGAAGAAAAAAUACGUAUCAAGAAUUGGGUGGCAGCCAAAUGCUAUAACCAAACCGGUAACAUAACCCGCGAAAACCUCGCAUGGGUCAACUUAACCGGAACUCCUUACAGCUUCGCUGAUUCGAACAAGUUCACGGUGGUGGGCUGCGAUGAACUGGCAAUUGUUGUUGGCAUGAGUGGCCGGAAUUUCACCAGUGGCUGUCUGUCGCUUUGUUCGGAAAGUGAAGAUUUGAUUGACGGGUUUUGUACAGGAUAUGAGGGCAAUCCGUAUCUAAGUCCAGGCUGCACAGAUAUUGAUGAAUGUAAGAGCAAUCCAUGCGAUGAAAAUGGAAAUUGUACAAAUACUCCGGGUAGCUUCAGCUGUCAUUGCAAACAUGGAUACUCUGGCGAUGGUAAAAAAGAUGGCCGUGGUUGUAUUGCUGAGAACUCCCAGUUCCCAGUAAUCAAGUUCUCACUAGGUCAUUCUUCUUCUAAUUAUAAAGCAUAUGUACCCCUUUCAUGUUCUAUUGUGUAA